AUGGCUCCUCGCUCUGGACGCUAUUCUGUCGCGAAUACCUUCGCCGAGCGUGUCUUCCAGUACCUUGAAGACAACCGCCCCUCUGACGCUCAAGCCGACUUCUCAAGCCCGUUGCCCAAGAAGCAGAAGCCCGUUAAGCCAAAGGCUGCAGGUCCCCAAACUCUACCAGCCCGCAGCAACACAGUUGAAUCUUCUGAUUUCUACUCUCAGUCUGAAGCUUCUAGCUACGAAGCCCGUUCACAUGGGGCUGAGGAGGUGGCCUUGGGAGCUGGUCGUCGUGAGCGCGAGGCUGCCGCUGCAGUAAUCUUGUCGCUUCAAGAUAGUACUCCUGAUGCUCAACAGGAAAAGUCGUCUUUUUGCCAUGGUUGCGUUGCUGAGGAGGAGAAAGAAUGGAUUAAGGUCGUUGAUGCCGAUUUGGACUAG